AGUGUGUUCCAUGCUCGUGCGGAAUGCGGGGAGAUCUUAAAGACUUGGGUCUCGCUAGCUAGCUGAGCGUGCGGCCCGACUAUAUAAACACCAGUCAAUCGUACGAUCCAAGGCAUUGCCAUCAAAGUCCCAUUCUCUCAUCACGAUCUCACGAUUAGUCAAGCCAUAGAUCCGCUCAGUUUACUAUAUAAAGCGCUUUACAUAAGUCUUUCUAGCAAUCCAAAAACAAACAACCAUCAAAAUGUCGCAGAACAUCCCGCAAGAACAAUGGGCGCAGGUAGUAGAGAAGACAGGCGGACCUGUUGUCUUCAAGAAAAUUCCUGUCCAGAAACCCGGUCCCGAUGAGGUCUUGAUUAACAUCAAGUUCAGUGGCGUCUGCCACACAGAUCUUCAUGCCAUGAAGGGCGAUUGGCCACUGGCAACCAAAAUGCCUUUGGUUGGUGGUCACGAAGGAGCUGGUAUAGUCGUUGCAAAGGGCGAGCUCGUCCACGAUGUCCAGAUUGGCGACCACGCCGGAGUCAAGUGGUUGAACGGCUCCUGUAUGGACUGCUACUACUGCAGGCAGGCCGAAGAACCCCUGUGCCCCGAACCAUUGCUGUCGGGCUACACGGUAGACGGCUCGUUCCAACAAUACUGUAUCGCCAAGGCGAACCACAUCGCCCGCAUCCCGAAGGAGUGCGACCUCGAGGCCAUUGCACCCGUGCUUUGCGCUGGUAUCACGGUCUACAAGGCCCUGAAGGAGUCCGGUGUCAAGCCCGGCCAGUUUGUCACGAUCAUCGGUGCAGGUGGCGGCCUCGGCUCCAUGGCCCUUCAAUAUGCCAAGGCCAUGGGUGUGCACACAAUCGCCAUCGACGGUGGCGAGGAGAAGCGCAAGAUGUGUAUCGAGCAGCUCGGUGCCACCACAUAUGUCGAUUUCUUGACCUCCAAGAACCUCGUCCAGGACGUCAAGAAGGCCACUUCCGACGGCUUUGGCCCCCACGCCGUCAUCGUGCUGGCCGUCAGCGAGAAGCCCUUCCAGCAGGCCGCCGAGUACGUCCGCAGCAGAGGUACCAUCGUCUGCGUCGGUCUGCCCGCAAAUGCAUACCUCAGAGCACCUGUCUUUGACACAGUGACCAAGAUGAUCAGCAUCAAGGGUUCGUACGUCGGAAACCGCCAGGACACGGUGGAGGCCAUCGACUUUUUCGCACGGGGCCUGGUCAAGGCACCCUUCAAGACCGUGGGCCUGAGCAAACUCCAGGACGUGUUCGACUUGAUGGAAAAGGGCGAGAUCGCCGGUCGCUACGUUGUUGAUACUAGCAAAUAAGUCUUAUAUUAGAUGAUAGAGGAUAUCCAACUGGUCCGGAGUUUAAGUGGACGGCUAAUGCGGUAUUACUAAGAGGAAUGAAAAUAAUCUACAAAUGAAUCAAAUUAUGCUACUUAUUGUUUCGCCAUACUGAUGGACUG